AUGGCGAGACAACUUCUGGAGAGCGACCUGCUGUCUCUUCAUCGUGUGGAGAACAAUGUUUCACCGCGAUGGCAACCCCAGGAGGAUUUUGUCGUCUCUGACGUCUUUACGCCACAAACACCUGAACCGGAAGAAGUUGACGAAGCGGACCUUGCCCAGUCCUGGAAAACCGUGGUCAGUGAGCAACCAGGCGCCACAAGCAGUUUCCGUAUGGUCCCAGGUGAUGUGAGCCCCAUGAGACCAAAUCCUAACCACGGGGGCGUGAACCCGGCAAAGAAAAAGAAGACCAAAAGGAAGAAGCUGCCAAAGUCUGUAAAUAGCACGGUUCCUGUUGUCGAAGCCCCUCAGCCUGGCUCCGAGACCCCACCUGUUUAUUUCAAGGAUGGGCUUCCCUCCAUCUCCCCGCGUCUUCGUCCUGUUGGUGGGUUUAAAAGCACUUUUGAAUCCAGGCCUCCUUCGUCUAAUGGCAUUAGCGCACUGAGUGCUCAGUUGGACGCACUCAACGUUGGGUCUAGCCGACCAUCAGGUUCCGACGUUAGCAAGAAGGGGUCAGAAACGUCAAGCUGUGGCAGUGUCAUCUCCGAAAGUGACCAGACUGAGAUAUUGACAACGUAUGAGGUCCCUCUAGGAGAUGAUUUUGUCGGCUUGGACCUCAACAAUGAAGGACCCAAACCCGCGGAUGAAGAGAAGAAGACCAUACUUAACAGGAAGAUGACCGCGGCUGAUUUUGACUCUUUGACGUGUCUUGGAAAAGGAACAUUUGGCACCGUCCUGUUAGUCAAACAAAAGGCCAAUGGAGCCUUGUAUGCGCAAAAACAGUUCCGUAAGGCUUCGCUCACUGUGCACAAGAGGCUGGUGGAACAGACCAAGACAGAAAGGGCCAUCCUAGAAAGCGUUAAUCGGCACCCGUUUGUUGUCAAGCUAUUCUAUGCAUUCCAGGACCAUGAGAAGCUGUAUUUAAUCCUUGAAUAUGCCCAGGGGGGCGAACUUUUCACCCAUCUCGCGAUCGAGCGUAUGUUUUCCGAAGAAACGGCUUCUUUCUACAUGGCAGAAAUGGUCCUUGCUCUGGAACAUCUGCAUUGCAAUGUUGGCGUCAUCUAUCGUGACUUGAAACCCGAGAACUGCCUGUUGGAUGCAGAUGGUCAUCUCCUCCUCACCGAUUUUGGCCUUAGCAAGGUUGCUGUCGAUGAUGAUGAACGGUGCGAUUCCUCCCUCGGAACCAUAGAAUAUAUGGCACCAGAAGUAAUUCUGGGUAAGCCUUACGGUAAAGCUUGCGAUUGGUGGUCAUUGGGUGCCUUAGGGUUUGACCUCCUCACCGGCUCACCGCCCUUCAAGGGCAACAAUCACGCCAAAAUCAUGGAAAAGAUCCUGAAGCAGAAGCUUGCGCUUCCAUAUUUUCUUGGCCCUGAUGCAAAAGAUCUCCUCACACGCUUACUUCGUAAAGAGCCACACAAACGUCUAGGAUACCAUACAUCCAAGGACAUACGCACCAUCAAAUCCCAUCGAUUCUUCCGAAAAAUCGACUGGAAGGCCUUGGAAAAGCGUGAAAUGGAGCCUCCGAUCAAGCCCGUGGUAACGGAUCCUGCUCUUGCCGAGAACUUCUCUCACGAUUUUACCUCGUUACCCCUCAGCCCUGUUGUAACGACUAAGCCUGGGCCGUUUGCAAACACCGGGGACGACAUGGAUGUUGAUAACGAGGGUAUUGUUGAGAGUCAUAUGGGAGAUGUUCAUUCUCCUGAGAAUCCUUUUGGCGGAUUCAGCUUUGUAGCACCAAGUAGCCUUCUCGAGAGCGGCCUUGCUCUUGGAAAUAUGAAGUGGUAG